CUCCGGGUAUUUGGGGCAUUACUACUAGUAACACUUAACCGCUCCAGGCUGCCAAUGCCGAGGCACUCCUCCAGGGCUCCUAUUCAUAACUAUUACUCCAAGACAUUCACUUCAUUCAAUAAACCACCACGUUCCAACUACAUUCACUCACAUUAUAUAUCAUUGUUAUACUUCACACCUACUAGGCACCAAUAACACGUAACCGUAACAAUUAACAAUGGCCAGUGACAAACCAGUCAAGAACGCCUCCGGGAAAUACGAUAAUGUCGAUUUUCGAAAGGCGACGGGCUACCAAUACCCUCCGAUAAAAUGCGCCUACAACCGCCGAGAUGUUCUACUAUUUGCGAAUGCAAUCGGUGUGCAAAAGGAUGAACUACAUUUCCUAUAUGAGCUGCAUCCUAAGUUUGCCGCCUUUCCCACCUUCCCGGUCAAUCUAGCCUUCAAGAGGACAGAUCAAGAUGUAUAUGACUUUAUUGCGCGAAACGUCACCGCCGAUGUCCCAGGUGUGCCCCCGUUUGACGCCCAGCGCUCGGUGGACGGUGAACGGGGGAUUGAGAUCCUGCGGGCGCUCCCUGCCAGCUCUGAGGGAAUGGAUUUGGAGAUCCGUAAUAAAGUGAUUGGCGUCUAUGACAAGGGCGGUGCUAUGAUCUUGGAGUCGGAGGGUGAGCUCGUAGACGCGAAGACCAACAUCGCCUACGUAAAGCUGUCCUCCUCCUCGUUUGGGAUCGGGCAGGGUGGAUACGGCGGCCCCAGAGGUCCUUCGAAGCCCAGCAUUACCAUCCCCAAGCGUACACCGGAUGCUGUACACACCUUCAAGACGACCCCCGAGCAGGCCUUGCUGUACAGGCUGUGCGGCGACUACAACCCCCUGCACGCGGACGAGGAGUUCGGCAAGCGCGCUGGCUUCAAGGGGUCGAUUUUGCAGGGGCUUGGCACCUGGAACAUCGCCGCGCAUGGGAUAUUGAAGGAGCUGGGCGAUUCGGACCCUGCGAGGUUCAAGUCUUACGGCGCGCGGUUCAAGAGCGUGGUGUAUCCCGGGGACGAGCUGGAGACGAGAAUGUGGGUGGUCAGGUCGGAGGAAGGGCACGAUCACGUCGUCUUUGAAACGAUCGUCAAGGGCGAUGGACGGGUCGCGCUGGCGAAUGGGUAUGCUACGCUAAAGCAGAAGGGGAGCAAGCUGUAAAUCGACGUAUAUAUAAAAUCAUGGCGCGCUAGAUCUAAUAUAACAGUAUAUCUAAAUAGCAAACA